AAUCCACAGAUACGCCAUGAUAGCCUGCAUAGCUGUGGUAGGGAAGAAGAACGAGCUCCUUUACCUCAAGCCAUUCCUUGCUCAACCCGACGCAAGCAGCGACUAUUUUCUCAGUUUCCAUUUCAUUGCCCACAGUGCCCUCGACGCCUUUGACGAGCGCAGCAAAUCCGUCUCACGGCGACCUUCUCCUUCCUUUCCGUCGCCUGCAUCCACCAAUGACAUGUUUUUGGGAUAUUUAUGUCCGAUCGAGGAAUUUCGGGUCUACGGGUACAAAACAAGCACCCAGAUCAAAUUCCUGGCUAUCCUCACGGAAAACAAUCCUGUGCGUGAAAACGACCUGAAAAGUGUCUUUCAAG